CUGUGCAUUAGCUAGUGGCUGUCCGUGUGGGCUGGGCCCUUGCCCUGCUGGGAGCAGUGGCCCUUUCGUGACAGGGUCACCUAUAGGGCCCUUUACCUUCAGGGCAACUCUCAGAGCAUGGAUCCCUCCUGAUUUCUCUCUGGCCCAAUGUUCCUCACGGUCAAGCUGCUCUUGGGCCGAAGAUGCAGCCUGAAGGUAUCUGGAAAAGAAAGUGUGGCCACACUGAAGAAGCUGGUUUCCCAACACCUGCAGGUGCCAGAGAAGCAGCAGCACCUGCUGUUCCGUGGCCAGCUCCUGGCUGAUGACAAACACCUCUCCGAUUACAGCAUUGGGCCCAAUGCCUCCAUCAAUGUUAUCAUGCUGCCUCCAGAGGAGGCAGCCCUGGACCAGACCCACCAGACCCAGCCCCUGUGGCUCCAGCUGGGCCAGGUCCUAGGCAAACAUUUUGGGCCCAAGGAUGCCAAGGCCGUGCUGGGGCUGUUGAGGCAAGAGCACGAGGAUCGCCUGCAGAGGAUGAGCUUGGAGGCCCUGGAGCAGUUGGUGGGCCAACUCCUGGCACAGCAGCAGCUUGAAGAGCUGGCAGAGGAAAAGGAGGCCCGGGCUGUCGCCUCAGAGCUCCAACAAAACGAUGAAGGAGGAGGAGGAAAAGAGGAAAGGAAGAAGAAGAGGAUGAGGAGGAGGCUGAUCAGCAAACUGGCCCAUCCCACUCUUUUGCUCACUAAACUUCCCCUGGACUGAA